AUGCAGAAUUCUGCACGAUUCUAUUCUGAAUAUAAUUCUUAUCCCAUAGAAGAUACUUUUCAUUCAAAUGCACUAGAUGCAUCGAUUGAAAGUGAUACUUUUGGACUAUCUUCAUCCGCUUCAAUGAGUACAAAUCAAACAUCGGCAAUAUCUCCACCAACAUUAUCAGGCAUGGCUCGAUCAAACAAACGCAAAACAACGACUGAUACCGAUGUAAGUUAUUCACCAGCAUCAAUUUAUAGUGAUAACAGUAAUUAUUCUGAUGCAUCAUAUCCAACACUUCCUCGUCAAUCAACUGAUUUUUCUCGAAAUUUAUCAUCUAGUAGACAUGGUAAAAUUACAACAGCAUCAGUUUUAACAACAUCAGCUGAAGAAGGAAGCUCAGAUGAUAAUGAUGAUGAUGACGAUACCAAUGAUCUUGCACGUAAACGUGAAAAACAUACACAAGUUGAGGCACAUCGACGAGCAUUAGAAAAAGCACACUUUAGAGAAUUGUCAAUGUUAAUUACAAAUCGAAGUGAUUCAAAAUCAACAAAACUUCAUCAUCUUGAUUUACUUAAAAUAGCUGCUGAUGAAAUAUCUAAAAUGAAUUUACGACAUAAAAAUGAUCCAUUACGUCCAUCAAAUUUAACUGAAAAUGAAUUAAACUUUUUAACAAUUGAAGCAAGUAAUUCAUUUUUAUUUGUAACUACUAUUGAGCCACCAUCAUUUCGUAUAAUUCACGUUACUGAUGCGAUAAAUCGUAUAUUAAAUGUUACACCUGAUCAAUGGCUUGGACAAAAUUUUCUAUCAUUUAUACAUCCUGAUGAUUUGAUACGUUUUCGAAGUCAACUUAUGUCAUUAAAUCAACGUAUUGGACUGUCAAUUCAUCUUGAAUGUCGAUUAAAACAAGGUAAUAAUGACACGUAUUCAUCUGUUAUUAUUGAUGGUAUGGCAAAAAUAAUUGAUAAUUCUUUAAAACCUGUACAAACAAAUGCAUCAGGUUUUCUUGCUUUUGUUGGUAUAUGUCAUUUGCCAUUAAUAACAAAAUACAGUGAAACAAAUAUGUGUCUGUAUAAAAAUCCUCAAUUGUGCACAUUUCGUUGUCGUUGUUCACCAAAUGAUUGGAAAAUUUUUCUUGUUGAUCGUUCAGUAUCAACAUUACCAUCUAUAUCAUAUGAUUUAUUUCGUCAAAAAUCUGUAUUAGAUUUUAUACAUACCAAUGAACAAGCACUUGUACAUCAAGCUUUAUUACGUUCAAUAACAGCAUCAACCAAUGAAACGGUAACAUGUCAUUUUAUACAUCCAACUUUACAAACUUCAAUACCAAUGACACUUGAAAUCAAAUCAUUUUUUAAUACAAUUACUCAUCAAGCUAAUUUUAUUGAAUUAACAUUUAAGAAUUCACUGGAUGCAAAAUUAGAAGCAUCAAUAUUUGAUUUUAUCGAUGAGGAACAAGAAAUCGAUAAAUUAUUGGAAUCAGAUUCAUCAGUAUCAACUCAACAAACAAUUGAAGGACAACUUCAUAAUAAUCCAACAACUCAAACUACACCUUAUUAUUUUUCAAAUGGAUGGACAACAAAAAAUGAAUUAUAUUAA